AUCAUCCGGGCUUUUAUCGUGAAAAACUAUUUACCACACCUAAACCUGACGUUUGACAAAUGUUUACUAACCUUAAAAUUUUCGUUGCUGUCAAAAGUGCGAAUGUCAAAGAUUUUGACACUGUCAGUGACUUGUCAUAAGUGGCGGGAAGAUAAAAAUCAAAUAUAAACAAACAAAAAAGUUUGUAAAGUACUCCCUCAUAAUUUCCUUACAUACUUUAGUUAGUUUUUCUUUUAUUUAACUUACUUACGAUGGACGUCGAUGAGAAUAUUAUUAGUGAAGAUAUGUUUGAUGAGGACGAAGAGGGGGACAUAUCGUUGGAACAAGUUAUAAAAGAUAUGGAGGAGGCCUGGCUUAACGAGAAAUUCGCCCCCGAAAUUUUGCCACACAAAAUGGAAUAUGUUGAGAUUCUCUUGGGCCAGAUCACGAAUAUUGAAACUCAGCUUCAACAGUUAAAAAACACAGAUUUUAAAAAGGGAAUACAUCAAAUGGAAGUCGACAGACUGAGGUUUAUAGUAACAAGUUACUUAAGGUUGCGACUUGAAAAAAUUGAAGCUUUUUCAACUCAUAUUUUAAACCAGGAAAAGCAACGGGCAGAAAAUAACAGGGAAUUGUAUUUAAGCCCAAAUGAAUUGGAGUUUGCACAAGAGUUUGAGCAAAAUCUAAAACAACAUCUAGACUCUUUCCUGAGCUUUUGUCCUGAUGCAGUGGAUGUAGAUGCCCAACUAGUAGCUCCAAAUAUACACAGUAUGGUAUUCUUAAAAUCGAAAAAAGCCGUGGAAGGUAUCGUAAUAGACGACGGAGAUGGAGACAACAACGAUCUUAUCGACUUACCCACCGGAUCUCAAAUUUUAAUCAGCUACAACAGCGUGUCGGAUUUGGUAAAAAAAGGCGAUGUGCAUUUAAUUUAGAUUGUAAAUAUAAUUUAUUAAGUACAAAGUAGAAGGUAAAUACUGUUUAAGUGUCAUAACAAUUGUAUGUAAAUAUAUAUAUAUAAUAAAACUAAAAUAUUAUUUGUUAUGUUAAGGCAAAAAUUCGUCAUAAAAAUAAAGUAGUUUUUCUUUUAAA